AUGGGUUGCACUGCCAGCAUUGUUCUCCUGCAAGCUUUCCGUGCUGUGGUCCAGAGGAGCUGUUCACACAUUUGUAGACGACGCCAGGAGGAACCAUCCCACGAAAUUCUGCCUCUGGAAAGUGACGAUGAAAUGAGCAGACCCCGGACUCUGAUCAUAAUGCAAGACAAACCCAGGCUGCUUGAGCCUCUGGAUUAUGAAACAGUCAUUGAGGAACUUGAGAAGACCUAUGGUAACGGCCCCCUUCGAGACCUGCUGUUCUUCCCCAGUGAUGACUUUUCAACAGCCACCGUGUCUUGGGAUAUCCGAACAUUGUACUCCACUGUUCCUGAAGAUGCGGAGUGCAAAGCAGAAAACUUACUGGUGAAAGAGGCUUGUAAAUUUUACAGUUCCCAGUGGUAUGUGGUAAACUACAAGUAUGAACAGUAUUCUGGGGACCUUCGACAGUUACCUGGAGCAGAAUACAAACCAGAGAAACUGCCUUCACAUUCCUUUGAGGUUGACCAUGAAGACGCUGAUAAGGAUGAAGAUACCACGUCCCACUCGUCCUCCAAGGGUGGAGGGGGAGCAGGAGGCCCAGGCGUUUUCAAGUCUGGCUGGCUCCACAAGGGCGACUUCAACAGCACCGUGAACAAUACCGUGACUGUGCGGUCUUUCAAAAAGCGCUAUUUCCAGCUCACUCAGUUGCCAGAUAAUUCCUAUAUCAUGAACUUUUACAAAGAUGAAAAAAUAUCCAAAGAACCCAAAGGCUGCAUCUUUUUGGAUUCCUGUACAGGUGUGGUACAGAAUAACAGAUUAAGAAAAUAUGCCUUUGAAUUGAAAAUGCAUGACCUGACCUAUUUUGUGCUGGCAGCCGAGACAGAGUCAGACAUGGAUGAAUGGAUCCACACCCUCAACCGCAUCCUGCAGAUCAGCCCCGAGGGGCCCCCCCAUGGGCGGAGGAGCAUGGAGCUCACCGACCUGGGACUGGAUUCGCUGGAUAAUGCUGUAACUUGUGACUCCACACCAGAAGAAACCGAUUCUUCAGAGAGCCUACACCCAGACUUCACAAAAUACCUCACAGAAACUGAAGAGACUGUCAGAACAACUCGAAACAUGGACAGGCUGAAUCUCUUCUCUCUGGACAUAGCUGCAGAUGAAAUGAAAUGUCCAAAAAAGGAUCUUUCAGAACCCGAUUCUGUGGUCAAACCAUUUGAAGAAAAAGCUGCCAAGAGAAUCAUGAUCAUUUGCAAAGCUCUCAACUUCAACCUUCAGGGAUGCAUUACGGAGAAUGAAAAUGAUCCAAUAACCAAUAUUGAGCCUUUCUUUGUGAGUGUGGCCCUUUAUGACCUCAGAGACAGCAGGAAGAUUUCUGCUGAUUUCCACAUCGACCUGAACCACACGACUGUCAGGCAGAUGGUGUCCGGGGCUUCGCUGCCCUUGGAAAAUGGGAACAUCGACACUGUCUCUCCCAGACAGUCAGAGGAGCCUUGCAUCAGGGGGUUUCCAGAGGAAUGGCUGAAAUUUCCAAAGCAGGCUAUAUUUUCUGUCAGCAAUCCACAUUCUGAAAUUGUUCUGGUGGCCAAAAUUGAGAAAGUGCUGAUGGGAAGCAUUGCAAGUGGAGCUGAACCUUAUAUUAAGAACCCUGACUCCAACAAGUAUGCACAGAAGAUUCUAAAAUCCAACAGGCAGUUCUGCAGCAAGCUCGGGAAAUACCGGAUGCCAUUUGCCUGGGCAGUGAGAUCAGUCUUUAAGGACAACCAGGGAAAUGUGGACAGAGACUCAAGAUUUUCACCACUGUAUAGACAAGAAAGUAACAAGAUUUCAGCAGAGGACCUACUGAAAUUAGUAUCAGAUUAUAGAAGGAUUGACAGAGCAAGCAAAACGCAGGUCAUCCCCGGAAGCCUGGAUAUAGCAGUUGACAACAUUCCUUUGGAGCAUCCAAACUGUGUAACAUCGUCCUUUAUCCCUGUCAAGCCUUUCAAUGCGAUGGCUCAACCAGAACCCACAGUGGAGGUGGAGGAAUUUGUUUAUGACUCAACAAAGUUCUGCCGUCCUUACAGAGUGUACAAAAAUCAAAUUUAUGUCUACCCCAAGCACCUCAAGUAUGAUAGUCAGAAAUGUUUCCACAAGGCACGAAAUAUAACUGUGUGCAUUGAAUUCAAAAAUUCCGAUGAAGAUGGCGCCAAGCCUGUGAAGUGUAUUUAUGGAAAACCUGGAGGGCCCCUCUUCACCUCAGCUGCCUACACAGCAGUCCUGCACCAUUCCCAGAACCCGGAUUUCUCAGACGAGGUAAAAAUUGAGCUGCCAACACAACUCCAUGAGAAACACCAUAUUUUGUUUUCUUUUUAUCAUGUCACAUGUGACAUAAAUGCAAAAGCAAAUGCCAAAAAGAAGGAGGCUCUGGAAACAUCAGUUGGGUAUGCUUGGCUUCCUCUGAUGAAACACGAUCAGAUAGCUUCUCAAGAGUACAAUAUCCCAGUAGCAACCAGCCUGCCUCCUAACUAUUUGAGCUUUCAAGAUUCUGCAAGUGGAAAGCAAGUUGGGAGCGACAUUAAAUGGGUGGACGGUGGCAAACCACUCUUCAGAGUAUCAACGUUUGUUGUAUCCACAGUGAAUACACAGGAUCCACAUGUGAAUGCGUUUUUCCGACAAUGCCAAAAAAGAGAGAAAGAUUUGUCUCAGUCACCUACCUCGAAUUUCGUCCGCUCUUGUAAGAGCUUAUUGAAUGUGGAAAAGAUUCAAGCAAUCAUGAGCUUUCUGCCUAUCAUCUUGAAUCAGCUCUUCAAGGUUCUGGUACAGAAUGAGGAAGAUGAAAUCAGUUCAACUGUGACCAGGGUAUUGACGGACAUUGUGGCUAAGUGCCACGAGGAACAGCUGGAACACGCCAUCCAGUCAUACAUCAAGUUUGUCUUCAAGACCAGGACAUACAAGGAGAAAACUAUACAUGAGGAAUUGGCUAAAAAUGUGACUGGUCUUUUGAAAUCAAAUGACUCAACAACAGUGAAGCAUGUCUUAAAGCAUUCCUGGUUCUUCUUUGCAAUUAUCCUAAAAUCAAUGGCACAGCACUUGAUUGACACGAACAACAUUCAGCUUUCUCGGGUUCAAAGGUUUCCUGAAUCUUACCAAAACGAAUUGGACAAUCUGGUAAUGGUCCUGUCCGACCACGUGAUUUGGAAAUGCAGAGAUGCACAGGAAGAAACAAGAAGAGCAAAUCAGAGUGUUGCCAGGUUUCUUAAGCGCUGUUUUACGUUCAUGGACCGGGGCUUCGUGUUUAAGAUGGUCAACAACUACAUCAGCAUGUUCUCUGGCGACCUCAAGACCUUAUGCUCCUAUAAGUUUGAAUUUCUUCAAGAAGUAUGUCAGCAUGAGCACUUUAUUCCUUUGUGUCUCCCUAUACGCUCAGCAAACAUUCCAGAUCCUUUGACACCUUCAGAAUCAACUCAAGAGUUGCAUGCUUCAGAUAUGCCUGAAUAUUCGGUCACCAAUGAAUUUUGCCGCAAGCACUUCUUAAUUGGAAUUCUGCUCCGAGAAGUUGGCUUUGCCCUGCAGGAAGAUCAGGAUGUCAGGCACGCAGCAUUGGCUGUCCUAAAAAAUCUAAUGGCUAAGCAUUCAUUUGAUGAUCGAUACAGAGAACCAGAGAAGAAGGCCCAGGUAGCAAGCUUAUACAUGCCCCUCUAUGGCAUGCUCCUGGACAACAUGCCAAGGAUUAGCAUGAGGGACGUCUACCCUUUCACCAUCAACACGUCAAAUCAGGGGUCUAGAGAUGACCUCAGCACCAAUGGAGGAUUUCACACUCAGUCAACUAUGAAACAUGCGAACUCCGUGGAUACAUCAUUUUCCAAAGAUGUUUUAAAUUCUAUAGCAGCCUUUUCAUCAAUAGCUAUUUCUACAGUAAACCAUGCUGACUCCAGAGCAUCACUGGCGAGUCUUGACUCCAACCCAAGCACCAAUGAGAAAAGCAGUGAGAAGACUGAUACCUGUGAGAAGAUCCCCAGGCCCUUGUCUUUGAUUGGUUCAACUCUUCGAUUUGACAAGUUAGAUCAAAGAGAAACCAGAUGUCUUCUUAUUUGCUUUCUUCACAUCAUGAAAACAAUUUCAGAAGAAACUCUCAUUGCCUACUGGCAAAGAGCACCCAGUCCAGAGGUGUCCGACUUCUUCAGCAUUUUGGAAGUUUGUCUUCAAAUUUUCAGAUAUCUAGGAAAACGCAACCUAGUAAGAAAAGUUGCUGCUGCAUAUAAAUUCGAGCAGUCCAGUCAGAAUAACGGGACUCUCAAAGGAGCUAAUCCUUCUUGCCAAUCAUCAGGCCUCUUACCACAAUGGAUGCACUCCACGUCCAGUCAUGAAGGACACAAACAACACAGAUCACAAACUUUACCUAUAAUUCGAACCAAAAAUGCCCUUUCUAACCCCAAACUCUUACAGAUGUUAGACAACACCGGGACCAACAACGCCAGUGACAACUUUAUGCAACAAGUGGACAUUGAGGCCAACACUGCCACAGAGGUCUGCCUGACCAUUCUAGACCUGCUCUCCCUCUUCACGCAUAUUCACCAGAGACAACUCCAGCAAUCUGAGUGUCAAAACUCAAUGAUGAAAAGGGUGUUUGAUACCUACAUGCUCUUUUUCCAAGUCAAUCAGUCAGCGACUGCUCUGAAGCACGUGUUUGCCUCCUUGAGACUGUUCAUAUGCAAGUUCCCCUCAGCUUUCUUUCAAGGACCCGCUGACCUCUGUGGAUCAUUCUGCUAUGAAGUCCUAAAAUGCUGUAACCAUAGGUCAAGGUCAACUCAGACGGAAGCAUCAGCACUUCUAUACUUUUUCAUGAGGAAGAAUUUUGAAUAUAACAAGCAGAAGUCAAUUGUCCGAUCCCACUUACAACUCAUCAAGGCUGUAAGCCAGUUAAUAGCUGAUGCUGGGAUUGGAGGUUCUCGGUUUCAACAUUCCCUGGCAAUCACCAAUAAUUUUGCUAAUGGAGACAAGCAAAUGAAAAACAGCAAUUUCCCAGCAGAGGUAAAAGAUCUAACUAAACGAAUACGGACUGUGUUGAUGGCCACAGCCCAGAUGAAGGAGCAUGAAAAGGACCCAGAGAUGCUGGUGGAUCUACAGUACAGCCUGGCAAACUCCUACGCAAGCACCCCUGAGCUGCGGAGGACCUGGCUGGAAAGCAUGGCCAAGAUUCACGCUAGAAACGGAGACUUAUCUGAGGCUGCGAUGUGUUACAUCCAUAUAGCUGCCCUCAUCGCAGAAUACCUGAAAAGAAAGGGUUACUGGAAAGUGGAAAAGAUUUGCACAGCACCCGUGCUUCUGGACGAGGGCCACCCCUGGGAUAACAACCCAUUACUAACAGCUCCGGGUAGAGGAAGCAUGUUCUCUAUGGGCUGGCCAGCUUUUCUGAGCAUUACACCAAAUGUUAAAGAGGAAGGAGCAAUGAAAGAAGACUCUGGAAUGCAAGAUACACCAUACAAUGAGAGAAUCCUGGUGGAACAGCUCUACAGAUGUGUGGACUUUCUCUGGAAGUCUGAGAGAUACGAACUCAUUGCUGACGUCAACAAGCCCAUCAUUGCUGUCUUUGAGAAGCAGAGAGACUUCAAGAAAUUAUCAGAUCUCUACUAUGAUAUCCAUCGGUCAUAUCUAAAAGUGGCAGAGGUGGUGAACUCAGAGAAGCGAUUAUUUGGUCGAUAUUAUCGUGUGGCGUUUUAUGGACAGGGAUUUUUUGAAGAAGAAGAAGGUAAAGAGUAUAUUUAUAAAGAGCCCAAACUGACAGGCCUCUCAGAGAUUUCUCAAAGACUGCUCAAGCUAUACGCAGAUAAAUUCGGAGCAGACAAUGUGAAGAUAAUCCAGGACUCAAACAAGGUAAACCCCAAGGAUUUGGACCCCAAAUAUGCCUACAUCCAGGUGACCUAUGUCACGCCAUUCUUUGAGGAAAAGGAGAGAGAGGACCGGAAGACAGAUUUCGAAAUGCACCACAACAUCAGCCGCUUUGUCUUCGAGACGCCCUUCACGCAGUCGGGCAAGAAGCAUGGCGGGGUGGAGGAGCAGUGCAAGCGCAGGACUGUGCUGACCACGAGCCACUUGUUCCCAUACGUGAAGAAGCGAAUACAAGUGAUAAGCCAGUCGAGCACAGAACUGAACCCCAUCGAGGUGGCGAUUGAUGAAAUGUCCAAGAAGGUCUCUGAGCUUAACCAGCUGUGCACGAUGGACGACGUGGACAUGAUCCGCCUACAGCUCAAACUGCAGGGCAGUGUCGGCGUGAAGGUGAAUGCCGGCCCAAUGGCCUAUGCACGAGCUUUUCUAGAAGAAACGAAUGCGAAGAAAUACCCUGACAACCAAGUGAAGCUUCUGAAGGAAAUCUUCAGGCAAUUCGCAGACGCCUGCGGGCAGGCCCUGGGGGUGAAUGAACGCCUCAUCAAAGAGGACCAGGUGGAGUACCAGGAGGAGCUGCGCUCCCACUACAAGGACAUGCUCAGCGAGCUCUCUGCAGUCAUGAAUGAGCAGAUCACAGCCACGGACGAGCCGCCAAACCGCGGGGCGGAGCGAGCUUGCACACGAGUCAUUAGCCGCGCGGCUCCCACAGUACCUGCGGUCUCGGUCUCCUCCAGCACGGAAGUGUGAGGGCGUCUCACAGGGCAGCAUCACCUGCUCCAGGACCACGUUCUGAAUUUGCAGCUAAUCUCGGGGAAGAGAAAGAUUUAAUUUAUUUGAACUUUUUAUGGUGUUCAUAUAUAUAUAUAUUUUUUUUUACCUCGCUAGCUUGAGAACUCUGCCAGCGUCCAGAUUUGCACAUUUCUUAUUCUUCUUUGAAUGGUGUGGAUCAAGCCAUGCUAUUUGCCACAAAAUCCCUAGGAAUGUGUAGCUCAAAGCGAACCGAGUUGGCUUGAGUUACCAGAUGUUCAGUCCCGACUCCUAGUACACAUAUUUUAAAGGUCAAAGUGAAUGUUUUUAUAACAUUUAAGCACAUGUCAAAUGUACAUAGAAGAUUGUAAAAUAUAUGGUUUUUACCAAAUUUAAAAGGACGUUUUUAGUUAAUACUUAUGAAGUGCUAAAAUUAUAUGAAUAACAUUUCCGAUACCAUGAUAGUAAACUAUUUGUGUAUGUGUACAAAAGUGUUGAUAAAUACUAAUCUUUAAAGUUUGUGGAGUUUCUUUAUUUGUAAUAUAUGUUCUCUUGUGAAAUUAUGGAAGUAUUUUGUUGAUAACAGAAAUAAAAAAUAUAGUUACUUUGCA